UAUACAUAAAUACAUACUCGUAUGAUAUAUGUAUAUCUAUAAUAGAUACAUACAUAGUAAUUGACACCAUACUAUUCAUAGCUCUGUAAACAUCGUUACAGUCUCUAAUGCAAAUUUUAUCAUCUUGAUCACCUUUCUGUUUAAAGUCUUGUGUUCCUGUUUCAUGUGGAUUUCAUUAUUGAUUAUGGUGGUGCUAGCUUUAUUCAUGGUAAAAGUGUAACUAGAGUUUGAAGGUUUGUUAUAUCCAAAGAGGAAUGUUGAUCGGUCCAAAUCUAAACCAUGGCCACGAUAAUCAUUUUCAUGAUGUGACGCAAAGGUUUUACCAUAAGCUCGAUGAUGAUGUGUCCAUGGAAAGUUUCAGUAGUUUACAUAUGAGCAACAAUGGAGGUUCCAUUGGAAUCUCAACUACUCACAGCAGUGUUUGUUCAAAUGGCUCCAAGCAUCCGAUGCUAAGUCACCAUGGUUCAAACCAUCUUCCUGUCACAUACACUUUUGACCAAAGUGUUAACAAUAGAGGAAGAGUUUCACAAGGGUUAAGUGAUGAUGUAUUGGCUCAAUCUCUAUUAGACUCUUGUUUUCCGACAAAAGGGCUUCAAGAUUAUGAAGAAUGGACCAUUGAGCUUAAAAAGCUCAACAUGGGGCCUGCUUUUGCUCAAGGGACUUUCGGAAAACUUUAUAAAGGUACUUAUAAUGGUGAAGAUGUUGCUAUUAAGCUUUUGGAAAGGCCAGAAGAUAAUGUAGAUAAAGCAAACCUUUUGGAGCAACAAUUUCAACAAGAAGUUACGAUGCUUGCAAGGUUAAAGCAUUCAAAUAUCGUAAAAUUUGUUGGUGCAUGUUAUAAACCGAGGGUGUUGUGCAUUGUUACUGAAUACGCAAAGGGUGGUUCUCUUAGACAGUCUUUAAGCAGGCGUCGUAAUAAAAGUGCAGUGCCCCUGAAAACGGCAGUCAAACAAGCUUUGGAUAUAGCUAGGGGAAUGGAAUAUAUUCAUGGGUUUGGAUUGAUUCAUAGAGAUUUGAAGUCGGAUAACCUUUUAAUCGCUUCUGAUAAAUCAAUCAAGAUUGCUGAUUUUGGUUUUGCUAGGAUUGAAGUGCAGAAGGAAGAGAUGACACCAGAGAUGGGAACCUAUCGAUGGAUGGCUCCUGAGAUGAUACAGCGCCGGUCCUACACUCAAAAAGUGGAUGUUUAUAGCUUCGGGAUUGUUUUGUGGGAACUAAUCACGGGUAAGCUACCAUACCAAAACCUAAAAGAUGUGCAGUUAGCGUUUGCUGUUGUGAAUAAAGGCCUGCGCCCAACCAUCCCGGAUGACUGCCUUCCUAUUUUCCGAGAAAUAAUGACACGUUGUUGGGAUGUAGAACCUACGGUCAGACCACAUUUCACUGAAGUGGUCCAAAUGCUUGAAAAGGCAGAAAUUGAGAUUAUGACAACGGUCAGGAAGGCUCUGUUCAGAGGCUGUUGUGUUAGUAACCCCAUGACAAUUGAUUGAUAUAUCAAAAGAAAAUUUGGAAUCCCCAAAAGAGAAAACCAGUUUAAUAAAAGCUGAUAUUAUAUGUAUUUUUGUAGUAGUUUCUUUCUGCAGAUAGUCAUUGUUACAAAGAAUAAUGAUAUGAACUACAUGUAUUGUGAAAUCUAUAUAUUCCCAUUUUCCAUUCUAUA